GAUUUCAGAAAGCAAUAAACCUUUCUUCAAAUUAUUCUUCUUUUCUGUUUUCUAACAUGGUAUCAGAGUUACAAACUCCUGGUUUUUUUCUCUUAUCACUGCUGUUGGGUUUUUUUGGAGUUGGAUUUUCAAUUCCAUUCCAGAUCUGAAACUUUGUCAUUGGGAUCUCUUCUCCUAUAGAUUGGAUUGUUUAUCCUUGAUUCUCAAGCCCUUUCUGAGAUAUUUUUUUGGUUUGUUAUUUCGAUCUUGACAUCUAUUUCUUCAUAUUUUUAGAGUUUUUCAGUAUUGUGAGUUUAUUGAUUCUAUGGUGAGUUUUGAAAGGAUUGUAACUCAUCCUGCUACUGAUAUGGUUGCCAAAGAAGUGAUAGAACAACCUAAUGUCAACCUUGAAUCCCUAAAACAUGUGAUUUUAAAUCUUUUUAAUGCUCCUGCUGCCUUAUUUACUGCUCUAAGUACCAAACCUUGGUAUUUCGAUUCUGGUUGUUGUAACCAUAUGUCUUCAAUUACUGCUCAUUUCUCUUCAAUGUCACCUAAUAAUUCCUUUCUUGAUAUUUAUUCUGUUGAUGGUUCCCUUAUGAAUUUAUGUGAUCUUGGUCUUGAAGUAACAUUUUCUGCUCAUGGUUGUCGUGUGCAGGACCCAUGGACAGGACAACUUCUUGGAAUUGGUUGCAAGGAUCAGUUUCGAAUGAAUCUGUGCAUUGUGUGUCAUGUCAAUCUGCAAAGCAACCAGCUUUAUCUUUUUCAAGUAGUCAUUCUCAUUCUACUGCUCCUUUUGAUCUCGUGCAUUUUAAUGUUUGAGUUCCAUCUCCUACACCCACCAUGUGGGGUUCCAGGUACAUCUGAUGAGCUCUACAAUGCCUCACCACAUGCUCUAACUAGUUUUGUAGAAGAUGAUUUGCAUGCUGGUUGUAAAUGGGUGUACAAGAUCAAAACACGAUCUGAUGGUUCUGUGGAGCAUUAUAAGGCAUGUUUGGUUACCAAGGGUUUUACACAGGAGUAUGGAAUCGACUAUGAGGAGACAUUUGCUCCAGUUGCUCAUCUUACAUCUGUGCGCAGUUUGUUUGCUAUCGCUGCUAUGCGGAGAUGGAAAUUGCUUCAGAUGGAUGUGAAAAAUGCUUUUCUUAAUGGUGACCUAGAAGAGGAAGUUUAUAUGAAACCACAUCUUGGGCUCAACCAUCCUCCAAACAAGGUAUGCCGAUUGUGCCGUGCAUUAUAUGGGUUGAAGCAAUCCCCUCGAGCCUGGUAUGCAAAGAUUAGUGCUACUAUGAGUGAGUUUGGUUUUACUUCCAGUCCACAUGAUAUAGGUGUUGAGGAGUUAAAACAAUCUCUCAAUCAGAAAUUUGAGAUGAAAGAUCUUGGUGUUCUGAGCUAUUUUUUGGGGCUUGAAGUGGCCUCUUUAGAUGAUGGCUACCUGCUUUCUGAAGUAAAGUAUGUCUCCGAUCUUGUUUCUAAAGCUGAACUCAAUGAUGGUAAGAGUGUUUCUACACCUCUUGAACCUAAUGUUAAGCUUACACCUAUGGAUGACUCUUCACUUUCUGAUCUUCUUUGCUAUCGGCAAUUGGUUGUAAUAUUUCGCAUUAUUCGCUAUGUUAAGGGAACAUUAUUUCAUGGACUCUAUUUUUCUGUCAACUCCUCCCCUGUGCUUCGCGCUUACUUUGAUGCUGAUUGGGUGGGUGAUCCUUCUGAUCAUAGAUCUACCACUGGUUACUGUCUUUUCCUUGGUAAUUCUCUUAUCCCUUGGUGGAGUAAGAAACAAACUAUAUCAUCUUGCUCUAGUACUGAAGCUGAGUAUAGAGUUCUCGGGGAUACCACAUCAGAACUUCUUUCAUUGCGGUGGCUUCUUAAAGAUAUGGGCAUUCCUCAACCUUGUUCUACUGAUUUAUAUUGUGAUAAUCAAAAUGCUAUGCAGAUUGCUCAUAAUGAUGUCUUUCAUGAACGCAUUAAACACAUUGAGGUUGAUUGUCACUUUAUUCGCCAUCAUGUUGCACAAGGAACUGUUCAUUUGGUUUUCAUUGGCUCCGUUGAUCAACCAGUAGAUCUCGUUACCUAGGCUCAUUUUACGCUUUCUUACUCUUCAUUCCAAGCUCAAGUUGGUUUCAUCACAAUUACCUUGAGUUUGAGGGGGGAUGUUAAGAUGUGAACACAAUUAUAUUUAAAAUUAUUGUAAAUAUUUUAUAUUUUAGAAUAUUUUCUUAGUAUAUUUUAUACUUUAGAAUAUUUUAUUUGUAAACACCUAUAUAUAGGUCAGUAUAAUUUAAGAAAGCAAUAAACUUUUCUUCAAAUU